AGCAAGUUAUGGCAACCUUCAACAAGAAGCAGGUAAGGGUACCACCUUCAGUACCAUUUCUUUGGGAAGAAAUGCCAGGAAUACCAAAAAAAGACUGGAAACCAACUGUUUCUUCAAACAGUGCAGCUCCAACCCCUCCAGUCAAGCUUAUUGCAUCGGUCCCGUUCAUAUGGGAAGAAAAGCCAGGAACGCCACUACCGUAUUUCGCGGAAUCGUCAUCAGAAUCAGCAAUGCCUAAACCCAUGAUGCUCAUCACUUACCCAUCACCUCCAAUAUGCUCCCAGCACAAUGAUCAUGGCGCUGAAGAUUACAGUGAUGGCAGUAAUGAAAAUGAUGAUGGAGAAGAUGAUAUACAAAGUGUGUUCAAACUGGACAUGGAAGCAUUUGAUUUUGAAACAGAUGAUUCAUUUAGCUCGGCUCCUUCUCUCCUAGCAAACUGUCUUGUUUCAUCAUUGGCAAUUUCCACUGCUGUUCCAGCGCCAGAAGAUAAGAGUGAUCAGACAGAGACAGACACACCUUCCUCACCAUUGUCAGAAGCAGGCAGCAGUACAAGCAGUUAUGCAACUGGAGCUUCGAGCCUGGUGGGUGGUGCUUUUUUGGAAUGCCUUUUUCCACUGCUUCCUGCCAAAGCUGGAUUUCUUGAAAAGGUUGGCCAAUCAGACAACCACACAACUCCACAAGGAUCAAAGACUAAAUACUUUGAUCGUGAAUUUAAUGGUAGCGUCAUUCUGAGGCCAAGAACACUCGGAGAGCUGAUACUGAUGAGCCGAAAGAGUAGUUACAGGAGGAAAGCUGUUCAAAUGAGGAAACAGAAUCUAUCAAAGGAACUCAUGAUGAAGAAUGCUUACGGAUGCUGCAUCUUUGGAACUGGCAGCAAGAUGAUAGAAGGAUUACAUAGCAAGAGGAAGAACUGGCUUAGACUUCUGAUGUGAAGAAGUAGCGCUGCUUAAAGAUUAAACAACUUGCAGUCACCAUGUAUUCAGUCCUCCGUAUGAUUUUAAGUUUCACUUUUGGCUUGAGUAAAAAGAUGAAUUCAAGAACUAAGCCCACUAUGUACCAAAUUUCAAAUUAUGUGAAUA